CUGCGGGCUCGUCCCAGGCCCUACCCGCGGCUGUUUCCCGGAGCAUGCGCGAUUGCGCUUCCGACCAAACCUCUUUGGGCGUGCGUCAAGAUGGCGGCCUCCGUCUUGAAUGUGCUGCUGAGGCGCCUGCCUGUUCUUUCGCCCUUCAGAGGUGCCUACGGAGUUCAGGUUCCCCACCGGAAUCUUUGUUCCAAAGCCCCCCCUGAGGAAGAGUCUUUGCCUUCACUUCCCAUUUCCCCUUAUAAGGAUGAACCCUGGAAAUAUCUGGAGUCAGAAGAAUACCAGAGCCGCUAUGGUUCUCGUCCUGUCUGGGCUGACUACCGUCGCAACCACAAAGGUGGAGUACCCCCACAACGGACUCGAAAGUCAUGUAUUCGUAAAGAUAAAGUUGCUGGGAACCCCUGCCCCAUCUGCCGGGAUCACAAGUUGCAUGUUGACUUUAGGAAUGUGAAGCUCUUGGAACAGUUUGUCUGCGCCCACACAGGCAUCAUCUUCCAUGCUCCUUACACAGGGGUCUGUAUGAAGCAGCACAAGAAGUUGACCCAGGCCAUCCAGAAAGCCAGGGAUCAUGGUUUCCUCAGUUACCACAUUCCCCAGGUUGAACCUCGGGACCUUGACUUCAGCACCUCUCAUGGAGCUGUCAGUGCUACUCCGCCAGCCCCCACCCUGGUUUCAGGUGAUCCCUGGUACCCAUGGUACAGCUGGAAACAGCCACCAGAGAGAGAGCUGGCCCGCCUUCGCCGGCUCUAUCAGGGUCAUCUCAAAGAAGAGAGUGGCCCCCCACCUGAGUCAAUGCCCCAAGUGCCCCUCACAACCCCAGCUGAAGCCUCCUCCACUGAGCAGGAGGGCCCCCAGAGUGCUCUGUCCUCCACUGAGCAGGCAGGCCCCCAGAGUGCUCUGUAGGAGGAGCUGUUGAGUGGGAAGGGAGCCCAAGGGGUUAUGAGAUCAUGCCGAGGAAUUUCAUGAUGAGAUUUCACCCUGAAAAGUUGUAGCUGUUUUGUGGGCAGUGGCAGGCCUAGGGCCAGAGAAAGGAAAUGAUGGCUGGUGAAGGCGAUAAAUACAUCUGAGGCCAAGGGAGGACAGUACAAAUGUACAUGGGAAACCCCAACCCCUGCAUAUUGUAAAUAGAUGGGCCGAACGUUCUGUUGCUGUUUCAGACUUCUGCCAAGUCCACUUUUCUACAAUAAACUGUAUCUCCUGUGUCUCUGCUGUUUCAGAUGA